AUGGAAUCACAGAGACAAGUUUCAGUGCUUCCUCAAAAAACUUCCCGAUUUGCCAUUCUUGGGCUGAGGGUCCUCACCACCAUUUUACUGGUUGUGCCAUUCGCCAUCCUCGUCUCCAAUGUUCUCUCAGUCGACAGGGAUCAAAAAUAUCAUUUUUAUGAUUUUGUGCCUUACCGAUACAUGGCUUCCUCAAUUGUUAUUGGAAUUGCAUUUUCAGUCUUCCAAACUGGAGUUGCAGUUGUCCGCCUCAGAAGAGAAAAUCAUGGGAACAUCUUACUUGAUUUCUAUGGCGACAAGGUUAUAUCAACUCUAUUAGCUACUGGAUCUGUUGCAGGAUUUGUUAUGACUGCACAAUUACAGAAACAGUGGGGCGAAGCUGUAAGUGAUUACUAUCACAAAUAUUUCAAGAGGUCAUAUGCAGCAGAUGGACUUGUCUUCCUUGCCUUCGUCUGCACUUUCAUCCUGUCGGUCCUCUCUUCAUAUGCUCUGCCCAAGAAGUUUUAG